AGGCGCCGAGAUAGGGCCGCUCGCUGGCGUCCCAGAUUUUCCGCGGCGGUGGCUGGGACUCCCUGUACUUGCUCCCUGUGUGCGUGGAACAACGGUAUCGCUGAUAGGGAUGCUGCAGACAGACAAUACAGUCGCCACUCCCCAGGACCAAGUGUCACCCCAUUUCUUCCGUGGCCCUCAGUUCCAGCGGCAUCUGCUCUGAGAUGCCUUAGGUUAAUCCUUACGUUGGCCGGGCGCGGUGGCUCACGCCUGUAAUCCCAGCACUUUGGGAGGCCGAGGCGGGUGGAUCGUUUGAGCCCAGGAGUUCGAGACCAGCCUGGGCAACAUGGACCAAUCAAGGAAGUUACUAAUUCUAUCCCCACUUUACCUUAAGGAAACUCAGUUCAAAUCACAGCUGAGUUUAAGGCGCAAGGUGGAGAACACAUCAGCUUCAAAGGCAGAGAGAAUCGAAGGUGCUCUCCAGCUUUGGACACUUCCUCUGCUUGAGGACACCUUGACUAACCUCCAAGGGCAACUAAAGGACCAAGAAAGGCCCAGCACAGCAGAAGACCAGCUGGAUCUAGCUCCUGCAGGAGGAUCUUGCUCCAUUGCCCAAGCUUGAGUGCAGUGGCAUGAUCACAGCUCACUGCAGCCUCCACCUCCCAAGCUCAAGCAAUUCUCCCAUCUCAGCCUCCCAAGUUGCUGGGAUUACAGAGGCUCACUCUGGCUGUGGUGUGGAGAAUGGCCAGAAAGGAGCCAUGGCCGAAGCAGAGAGACCAGUAAGGAGGCUAUCACAAAAAUCUGUGUGAAAUGGUACUGGCUUGAAUCAGGAUGUGUACAAAGACAAUCCCAGUCCUCUGGGGAUGUUUCCUCCUGUGGAAUUUCUAUGUCUCAUCCUCUCAGACCAUUUACCCUGGAAUCAAGGCAAGGAUUACUCAGAGGGCACUUGACUAUGGUGUUCAAGCUGGAAUGAAGAUGAUUGAGCAAAUGCUAAAAGAAAAGAAACUCCCAGAUUUAAGCGGUUCUGAGUCUCUUGAAUUUCUAAAAGUUGAUUAUGUAAACUACAAUUUUUCAAAUAUAAAAAUCAGUGCCUUUUCAUUUCCAAAUACUUCAUUGUCUUUUGUGCCUGGAGUGGGAAUCAAAGCGCUAACCAACCAUGGCACUGCCAACAUCAGCACAGACUGGGGGUUCGAGUCUCCACUUUUCCAAGACACAGGAGGGGCUGAUCUGUUUCUCUCUGGAGUCUACUUUACCGGUAUCAUUAUCCUAACCCGAAAUGACUUUGGUCAUCCUACCCUGAAGCUCCAAGAUUGCUACGCCCAACUGAGCCAUGCCCACGUCUCAUUUUCCGGAGAACUCAGUGUUCUGUAUAACUCCUUUGCUGAGCCCAUGGAGAAACCCAUUUUAAAGAACUUAAAUGAAAUGCUCUGUCCCAUUAUUGCAAGUGAAGUCAAAGCGCUAAAUGCCAACCUCAGCACACUGGAGGUUUUAACCAAGAUUGACAACUACACUCUGCUGGAUUACUCCCUAAUCAGUUCUCCAGAAAUUACUGAGAACUACCUUGACCUGAACUUGAAGGGUGUAUUCUACCCACUGGAAAACCUCACUGACCCCCCCUUCUCACCAGUUCCUUUUGUGCUCCCAGAACGCAGCAACUCCAUGCUCUACAUUGGAAUCACCGAGUAUUUCUUUAAAUCUGCAUCCUUUGCUCAUUUCACAGCUGGGGCUUUCAAUGUCACUCUCUCCACCGAAGAGAUUUCCAACCAUUUUGUUCAAAACUCUCAAGGCCUUGGCAACGUGCUCUCCCGGAUUGCAGAGAUCUACAUCUUGUCCCAGCCCUUCAUGGUGAGGAUCAUGGCCACAGAGCCUCCCAUGAUCAAUCUACAACCAGGCAAUUUCACCCUGGACAUCCCUGCCUCCAUCAUGAUGCUCACCCAACCCAAGAACUCCACAGUUGAAACCAUCGUUUCCAUGGACUUCGUUGCUAGUACCAGUGUUGGCCUGGUUAUUUUGGGACAAAGACUGGUCUGCUCCUUGUCUCUGAACAGAUUCCGCCUUGCUUUGCCAGAGUCCAAUCGCAGCAACAUUGAGGUCUUGAGGUUUGAAAAUAUUCUAUCCUCCAUUCUUCACUUUGGAAUCCUCCCACUGGCCAAUGCAAAAUUGCAGCAAGGAUUUCCUCUGCCCAAUCCACACAAAAUCUCCUUCGUCAAUUCAGAUAUUGAAGUUCUUGAGGGUUUCCUUUUGAUUUCCACCGACCUGAAGUAUGAAACAUCCUCAAAGCAGCAGCCAAGUUUCCACGGAUGGGAAGGUCUGAACCUGAUAAGUGGACAGUGGAGGGGGAAGUCAGCCCCUUGAUUGCCGGUUUGCAAUUCACCCCAGGAAGUAAAUGGUCCUUAAUCCUACAACUACUGUAAACCCAGAAGGGAAAGACAGUACACACUGGAAUUGUAAAGCCCUUGUGAAUUGCUUAGGCAGAAAGUUUUCUUUCUUAAGCCUUCAGGAACCCAGAAUAAGGCAGACUGUGUUAAAGGGCUAAAUAGAGGUGUCUGAAUGUGAGUGUAUGCAUGCUGCGUGUGUCUGUGUUUAUGUUUGUUUGUUUGUUUGGGGCAAGAAAGAUUCUAGGACAAGAGCUAGGCAUGUACUUCUGACCAGGUGGGUAAGAAACUCUAAGUCUGUAUUUGUAUUGGUCAUUCUCAGUGGAAAUCCCUUAGGCCCUCUAGUGGUUUUCCCCUACCUGCAUAUUGGUUUUCAUGUUUUAUAUUCACUGUUACUAUCUUCUGUGUUUAAUUAAAAUUGUUUUCUAUCAACUUCAA